UGUGAAGAUCGCAAAGAGUGCACCUAUCGCAAAGAGAAGGAGACAUAGAGAGAGAGAGAGAGAGAGAGAGAGACGCAAGAAGGGGGAGAGAAGGAGAGAGAAUUCAGGGGAAGACAAGGACAUCAUGGUUUCAAUCACGGAGACUCAGAAGAUCGGUGUUGGUCUCACAGGCUUUGGCCUCUUCUUCCUGCUCUUUGGCGUGCUGCUGUACUUUGACUCUGUCUUGCUGGCGUUUGGGAAUGUUCUGUUUCUGACUGGUCUGACGUUCAUCAUUGGCCUGAGGAGGACGGCCGGCUUCUUCUUCCAGAGACAGAAGCUCAGAGGCUCCACCUUAUUCCUGGGGGGCGUGGCCUUGGUGCUGUUCCGCUGGCCAAUCAUCGGCAUGGCCGUGGAGAGCUACGGUUUCGUGCUCCUGUUCAGGUCAUUCUUCCCUGUGGCGUGUGGAUUCAUUUUAUCGUUGGUGAAUAUACCCUAUCUCAAUGUGUUGUACAACAACUUCAUAGGAAGUAGCCCUUCUAUUGUCUGAGGAAAGGGAGAGAGAGAAGCCGAAAAAGAAGAGAGGAGGAAUGGAAGUGAUGGAUGACAAAAGGAGAAGUGUAUUUGGGCUCAGACUGGCUAUGACCUUUGACAGAGACUGAUGGAGCGGGGAGGUAACUUAGAGCCUUCCCCCAUCAACAACCAUGAACAAACCGAUGGACUCUUCUUCUUGAAAUGUUUACAUAAAACAUGAACCACCACAUGAUGUGUGGCAAUGACUAGCUGCCCUACCACUAAUGUACAUGGUUGGGAGUAACCGAUUACAUGUAAUCAAUGACAUGUAAUCAUUUACAAGAAACUGUAACUGCAAUCAGUUACGUUACAAGCAGAAAUAUUGUAAUCAGAUUACAGAUACUUUUGAAAAACUAGGUGAUUAGUUCUUGGAUUACUUUUACAUUUAGAAAGGAUGUUUGCAGAAAAAAAUAUGUUAUGACACCUUUCUGUUUUCUCAAUUCAGCAUUGACAAAACGGCACGUUUAAGUUUGUUCAGACUGAGAGAGUCUGACCACAAGUCAGAGACCACUAUGAUGCGUUUGAUGGAUCCUUUUUGUCUCUUUAGAGGAAGGCAUUCAAAAAGCAACUGAAAGUUAUCAGAUUAUUACUUAGUUUGGGUAAUCAUUUAGAAAGUAACCUACCCAACCCUGCUUAUGUAUUUAUAAUAAAACCAUAUUUUUGAUCUACA